AUGCCGCGCCGCCGCCGCCUCACCCUCCCCUCCCUCCCAAAGGUCUUCAGCGACCGCCUCUUCUCCCCGCUCUUCUCCCCGCGCCUGCCCCCCACGCCAACAUACCCCCAAACGCACUUCCAAAUCAUGUCCGACCUGCACCUCGAAUUCCUGCCCCCACCCCCACCUCCCGCCUCCCCCUCCACGCACUACCUCGCAUUCCCCAUCCCGCCGAAAGCACCCUACCUCGUCCUCGCCGGCGACAUCGGCCUCCUCGUCCCGCACUACGAGCGCUACCUCGCCUUCCUCCGCCACCAGACCGCAGCCUUCACACACGUCUUCCUCGUCCUCGGGAACCACGAGUUCUACCGCGCAUCCCGCGCGGACGGCCUCCGCGCCGCGCAGCAAAUGGAGGAUGAGCUCCCCGGACUAACCGUCCUCCACCGCAAGCGCGUGGAUCUCCCCUGCGGCGUUACGAUCCUCGGCGCGACGCUGCAUUCAAGAAUCGCCGCGGAGGCGAGAGAGGUGGUGGCAAGGUCGUUGAGUGAUUUCCGCGCGAUCGAGGGGUGGACGGUGGACGCGCAUAAUGCGGAGCACGAGGCGGACGUUGCGUGGUUGAAGGCGUCGCUGGCGGAGCUUGAGGCGGAGGGGGAGGAGGAGGGGCACGUGGGAGGAGGAGGAGGGCCGCCGAAGAGGGUGUUGGUGGUGACGCAUCAUGCGCCGACGUUCCGGGGGACGUGUGCGCCGGAGCAUGAGGGGAGUGAGGUGGGGAGUGGGUUCUGCACGGAGGUUGUGGGCGGGGUGAGGGGCGGGGUGGGCGGCGGGCUGGUGAGGGUUUGGGUGUAUGGGCAUACACAUUGGACGGCGGAUGCGGUGAGGGGCGGGGUGAGGAUUGUAAGUAAUCAGAAGGGGUAUUGGGGUGAGAAGGGGUUUGAUGUCGAGAGGGUUGUGGGUGUGUAG